GAUAAACGCUGUCUUUAUUUCGCAGAGGGGGAAAGGUGUUUGGGUAAAAAAAAUGGGAGGGACCAGCUGACGGCUGUACAUAAAGUUAGAGGCUGACUGCCUGACUUUGCAGAGGGCGGCAAGAGAAGAAGGUGUGGGACCACUGGACCAGAACCCUUUUAGUCUACACCUGCGGGGACCUUUUUUUUUUUUUUUUUUUUUAUUUGAAAACCUGCGUGCGGUGCGUUCCUGUUCCUGAAAGCUGCGCCUCAGUUCCCUUCCACACACGCUCUCUCUCUCCCAGACGGCAGCAUGGGCGCCCAAUCAGACUCCACCCUCCAGUCGGCCCUCCUCCUCCCGAUCCGCCUCCUGAUCUGGCUCUACUCCCUCCUUUCCUUCUUGCCCUGGUACUUCCUCACCGGCGCCGGCCAGAAGCAGUCGCAGUCCAAGAGGAUGAAGGCCCGCUCCACCACGGGAUCCCGAGACGGGCCGUACCGCUCGGUGGACCACUUCGACUCCCUGGCCACGGAGGACUUCCCCGGGAAGGACACCCUGGACAAGCUGUUCAGGCACGCGGUGCAGCGCUUCGGGCCGGCUGACUGCCUCGGCACCCGAGAGGUGCUGAGCAAAGAGGACGAGGUCCAGCCCAACGGCAAAGUGUUUAAAAAGGUGAUACUGGGAGAGUACCAGUGGCUGUCCUACGACCAGCUGGACUCUAUAGUCAGCGAGUUUGGCAGCGGACUGGCAGCUCUGGGACAGAAGCCCAAAAGCACCAUUGCCAUUUUCUGCGAAACCAGAGCGGAGUGGAUGAUAACCGCUCAGGCGUGCUUCAGGCGCAACUUCCCACUGGUGACGUUCUACGCUACGCUGGGAGAGGAGGCGAUCGCCUAUGGGCUGAACGAAACCGGGGUCACUCAUCUGGUCACCAGCGCCGAGCUGCUGGAAACCAAGCUGAAGAAAGUGCUACCGCAGAUCUCCAAGCUGAAGCACGUCAUCUACGUGGACCAGAAGAAGGUGAACAGCGACGGCUACCCAGCAGGCCUCUCCGUCCACAGCAUGCAGGCCGUACGGGAGCUGGGCGCCCUGCCCGAGAACAUGGAAAGGGAAAUCGUGACACCCCAGCCCUCCGACCUGGCCGUGGUGAUGUACACCAGCGGCUCUACGGGCAGACCCAAAGGAGUCAUGAUCGUCCACAGCAACCUGAUCGCAGGGAUGACGGGCCAGUGUGAGCGCAUCCCUGGACUUGGCCCUGACGACACCUACAUCGCGUAUCUGCCUCUGGCUCAUGUUCUGGAAAUGACGGCGGAAAUCUCUUGUGUAACCUACGGCUGCCGGAUCGGUUACUCAUCCCCCCAGACGCUGUCAGAUCAGUCCACCAGGAUCAAAAAAGGGAGUAAAGGCGACUGCUCUGUGCUCAGACCCACUCUGAUGGCAGCCGUCCCCGAAAUCAUGGAUCGCAUCAACAGGAAUGUGAUGAGCAAAGUGCAGGAAAUGAGCUACAUUCAGAGGACGCUGUUUACUCUGGGCUACAAAUAUAAACUGGAGCAGGUCAAGAGGGGCUAUGACGCACCUGUCUGCAACAUGUUGUUGUUCCGGAAAGUGAAGAAGCUGCUGGGUGGGCGAGUGAGGAUGAUGCUGUCCGGAGGAGCCCCCCUGUCCUCGGCCACUCAGAGGUUCAUGAACGUCUGCUUCUGCUGUCCGGUGGGUCAGGGCUACGGCCUCACUGAAACCUGUGGAGCCGGCACCAUCACAGAAGUUGCAGAUUUCAGCACCGGCCGUGUUGGGUCUCCUCUCAUUUGCUGUGAGAUCAAGCUCAGGAACUGGGCUGAAGGUGGCUACACAAGCGCAGACGAGCCGAAUCCAAGAGGAGAGAUCCUGAUUGGUGGUCCCAAUGUAACCAUGGGUUACUUCAGGCAUGAAGGCAACGAUCAAGACUUUUUUGUGGACGAGAACGGUCAGCGGUGGUUCUGCACCGGAGACAUAGGAGAGGUUUACCCCGAUGGCUGUCUGCAGAUUGUAGAUCGCAAAAAAGACUUGGUGAAACUGCAGGCUGGGGAGUACGUGUCUCUUGGUAAAGUGGAGUCGGCGCUGAAAAACUGUUCUCUCAUCGACAACAUCUGUGCGUACGCUAACAGCGAGCAGAACUACGUGAUCAGCUUUGUGGUUCCCAACCAGAAAAGGCUGACGGAGCUGGCCAGGCAGAGGGGCAUCGAGGGAAUUUGGGAGGAAACCUGCAAUCAUCCAGAAAUGGAAAAAGAGGUUCUGAAGGAGAUCAAGGAGGUCGCAGCUAAAAUUAAACUCCAGCGAUUUGAAGUUCCGGUGAAGGUGCGUCUGAGCCCGGAGCCGUGGACCCCGGAGACCGGCCUGGUCACAGACGCGUUCAAGCUGAAGAGGAAGGAGCUGAAAAACCACUAUCUCAGCGAUAUAGAGAGAAUGUAUGGUGGAAAAUAGGGCCGCUGAUUAUGCCAGUGAUCACCGCUUGUUCCUGUAAAUAGUUAGCCUAGCUUUGCCAAACAAAUGCACAAAGGGAAGAGAGUCUGGAAGUAGAGCUCACCUUAGAUUGUCAGCAAACCACCAGACCCAAACACCCAGUAGCAACAUGUGCUACAGCAGGCUACCGCGCUCCAAAAGCAUUUCCGUCCAACUCUUUCGGACACGUUAAGAGAUUCAAGUUUUUUUUUUUUUUUUUUCUUCAUGGCUGCUACAUCUGAAGCAGCCUUGUUGGUUGUUUUUGUUUCCAAAGUGCCUGAAGGGCUCUGUUCUCUACACUUGCUAUUGAACCACACCACUUUAGAUUUCCUGUUGCGAUCAGCCUGGCUCAGGCCACAUGGAAAUAUAUAUAUCUGUAUUUAUUCUGGAGGAGACGGAGACGUCGCCCCGGAGCCGAUGGCCGCCCCUCCCAGUAGGGCUUGGUUUUCAACUUGGACGACAACCCUGGUACCCCAGCUUUAAGCUGUUUGUGUACCACAGGAUUUAAGAAGAAAAAGUUUGGAAGAAUAAUCGGAAAGUGUACAUAGUUGUUGCUGUUGAUCCACAUUUGCUGCUUUUUAUUUAUGCCUGUAGGAUCUACGGUUGUCUAAGGGACGCUCUGUAGCUGCGGGUCUCAUUUCAUCAGAGAAGGGUCGGAGGUUUUCACAGCGCUCUACUGCCGUUUGCUUUACAUCUGUCUCCACCUUGGUUUUAGGGGAUUUCUGCCGGUUUAUGGCUGAGACUCCAAUAGAAACGGUGAACACGGUGAUCCCCCCCCGAAGAGACUUGGAGGGUGCUUUUGUGAGACGAGUAUUGCUGUUACUGUGCCUUCCCUCUGCAGUACUUGUGCGGCAGAGCAGUAGGAAGAGCCGAAUAUGGAAAACAAAUAUUUCAACGCCGACUUUACUGCCAUGUUUACAUAUUUAUUGAAAAAAUAUGCCCGCUUAGAGAUGAUCAGACACUGAUGGUUGAUUUUAAAAGAUGCUGAUUAUCAUGUCUGUUUAUCUGUUUUUUCUUUUGUUAAACUACUGUUGCUUUCUUUUUUCUUUUUUUCUUUUUUUUUUUUUUAAAAGACCAAAAUAUGUAAACAAAGUAACUCAGGAAGAUAAGUAAAUGUGUUAAGAGUAUCUAACUGUCAAAUGAACGGUUUUGCUUUUAUAGGAACAUGAAAUGAGAAACUUAUUGUGGACACCAUUAUUUAUUUAAGAGCUAGCAUGUUUAACCACUAAACGCUUCCUGGCAAUAGUCCCCCAACUGGCAUACUGUAAUCCUGUGCGUAUUUUAACUCUGUUAUCAGCUUAAUAUACAAAUUUGGUAUGAAGAGUAUCUGAACUCUGUCUCACUUUAUAAUCCUUGCCGUGUUUUUUUCCACGUAUUUUUCCAAGUACUGUUGUAUUGAUGGGUUUUCAUCGUUAGAAACUUAAGACAAUGGCGACCACUUUUCACACGUCUGGUGAACCAGUUUGCAUUUGUUACUCCCAUCAUGACCACAUGGUUUGUUCAGAAAUAAAUGUUUUUUUCAUA